GCGACGAGAAAAAAACACAAAAGAGGUUUGAUUGAGUAACCAGCUGUUUUUGUUCUCAACAAAGUGCUUGAAAUUUUGUGCAAAAUCAGUAUGGAUCUAAAUUGAAUAGUGUCAUUUCAUCUUGAAACAGUGACAAUUUGUGGAUUGCAUGUGAUAUUUAGGAUUUUAUAAAAUUCAUGUUCAGUGGAAAUUUAAUCGAUUUGGACUUGGUGGAACAUCACUUGCGAUAAAUGGACUACGUUUUUAGCUAUUUAUUACGCCUUAUUUGAAAUAUGCGAUGAGUUUAAAUUAGGCCCACGCGUGCAUUUUACUUACUGCCUACAAACUUUAGGAUCCUCGUCGCAAAGAUAGCUCGGCAGUUAGUGUCGGUGUCGUUUACGAAGAGUGAAUUAAGUGAGACUGGGUGAAGUGGUUAUGUGUUUGUGAGGUGUGGAUGCGGAGCCAGCGGUGUAGCGCUCGCCCUGGCAUGGUGCCGGGCAGGUAGCGCGCGCGGGCGGCCUGCGCAGGCCCCACACAAGCUGCCGCGUGUGUUUCCCAGCGUCGUCUAUGGCCGAGCAACACAUCACACCGUCGUCGCACUCUGCACUCACGAGAGAGUCCAGCGGGUCUUCUCCUAGCAGGGUGGUGGGCGGUCGGUGGUUGCGAAAGGUGCGUCGUGCAAGCCACAGCCGCCGGAACAGACGGAACGUGACGUCACCGCUACCGCGCUCCACCAGCCGACACUCAGGCAGCCGCCGCUCCGACGCCGAGCCCGCGUACGUUGAGUUGCGAAGGAGCUCGCGCCUCGUCAGCUCUCUGCCUAGGUCUGACUACUCUAUAACCGAGCGCUGGUCAUACGGCGCCGACGUAUACGAAACGCGCUGCGACACUACCGACUUUAAAAGUGGAGACAUCAAUAAAUCCUCCGCCAGUCUACACCCGAAACGUGGUCGAACUUCCUCGCAUGACAGGAAGAGACGCAAGAGUCAUUCCAUAUCAAACAAUAGCACAGAAGAGUGUGUCGCUUUCUGCACUCGCUCACGGACUGCUCUCAAGUCCACUGAGAGUGUUUGUGAGCAAUCAAAUAAUAAUUUAAAGGCUCAAACAUUUUCGAACUUGCCUAUCACUCCAGAAGCAACACCUAAUACUACUCAACAGCAGUUGAAUCAAUCUGAAGGUUUACUGCCCUUGGAAGACAGAGACUUUGCAUAUUCGCCAUUUAGUUCUUCGACUGUCACAGAGUUACUGGACUCAGAUUAUUCAGUCUAUAGCCCCACAGCAAACAGAAGGAAAGGGAAGAAGAGGAAGCGAUCGGCUCAUCGCUCCUUGUCAAAUAGGAAGAGCAGUUGUCUGAUUAAUAUAGAAGAGUGCCCCAAGAAGUUUAAAAUAGAUCCCCAUAGCAAAGAAGUAGCGGAAACCAGCAAGGAGUUUGGGGAGAGCAAAGUUCCAAAUAUAGAGAGUGAAAGACUCGAUCAGCCAUCCUGUACAUAUCGUCUAAGGAAUCGAAAUCAUCGCGACCUUGGCCCACCUACCUCAACCGUUAUCAGUGAUAGUUCAGCGAGUCCGUCGACGAGCGACGCGUGCUAUACACAAACAGCGGAGCGCAAACCUCGCGCUGACAGUUGCGGAAGAACAACCACUCCGCCUCCAUAUAAGGAUACUGAAGAACCCAGCUCAUCGAAAGCACACAACUCCAGCAAACUUCUUAUUGUACCCCGAGAUCUCCCAUAUUUACGUCAAACUAACGCGCGGAGGAGUAUCGCAGCUGCGACGGGUGCUACUCUGGGAGCUUGCCUGACGAGGGGCGCUAGCACUUCGCAGCGGCACAGGCACGAUACUUCCACUAAGAGACAGUCGGGCAGCAGCGAAGGCGCGAGCAGCAGCGCGGGCGGGCGGCGGGCGCGGACGCGCGACAUGCCGCAGCCGCAGCCGCAGCCGCAGCCGGCCACCACGCGACGCGACAAACGAGGUAAAAGCAGUCUGGGUUCGUGUGCUAGCACAGGAGGUGCGUCCAGCCGGUCCCACCCCCAGCCUCUCACCACGGGUGCUGUAGCAUCCACAUCGUCCACACCGCCGGCGUCAGCAUCCGCUUCGAUGCCAGACAACGCUUCCACAGAUGCAAAGCCUAAGGGCAAAGCAUCGUCGUCAACGGAGGAGUGCGGGCUUGGCGGUGUGUCGGGGGCGGGACGCGCGGACGGCGCGGGGUCGUCGGCGCAGGCCGAGGAGUCCUCGUCGGAGGAGGGCGAGGUGGGGCGGCUGCAGGCGCUGCUGGAGGCGCGCGGGCUGCCGCCGCAUCUGCUGGGCGCGCUCGGCCCGCGCAUGCAGCAUCUGCUGCACAGAACUGUCACCGCCAACUCUGCGGCGUCCAAAGCAGCCCAACUCCUGGCUGGAUUGCAAGCCACCGGCGACGAAGGCCAGCAACUGCAGGCCGUGAUAGAGAUGUGCCAGCUGCUGGUGAUGGGCAAUGAGGACACACUGGCCGGGUUCCCCGUGCGGCAGGUGGUGCCGGCGCUGGUCAACCUGCUGGCGGCCGAGCAUAACUUCGAUAUGAUGAACCACGCAUGCCGCGCAUUGACGUACAUGCUGGAAGCGCUGCCGCGCAGCAGCGGCGCUGUGGUGUUAGCAGUCCCCGCCUUCCUCGACAAGCUGCAGGCCAUCACCUGCAUGGACGUGGCUGAGCAGAGUCUUACUGCGCUGGACAUGCUCUCGCGGCGACACUCCAAGGCUAUACUGCAGGCGAGGGGAGUAUCAGCCUGCCUGACCUACCUGGACUUCUUCUCGAUCAACGCUCAACGCGCCGCUCUAUCCAUUACGGCCAAUUGCUGCCAGAACUUAACCCCCGACGAGUUCCAUCUCGUCAGGGAUUCCUUGCAACUGCUCGCUAACAGACUCACCCAACAGGACAAGAAAUCAGUGGAGUGCGUCUGCCUCGCGUUCUCUCGCCUCGUGGAUAGCUUCCAACAUGACCCCGCCCGGCUGCAAGAGAUUGCCACGCCGGAAUUGCUCACUAAUUUGCAACAAUUGCUGGUAGUGCAGCCCCCUCUGAUCUCGGGGCAGACGUUCAUCACCGUGCUGCGGCUGCUGUGGGUCAUGUGCAGCGCGUGCCCGGCGCUGGCGCUGAAGCUGCACCAGCGCUCCAUCGCCGACACACUGCUCUGUCUGCUCACCGGCUCCACUCUGCAGCAAGAGCAAGUGGAACUGCUGCCGCGGCUGCCGCAGGAGCUGUACGAGAUCACGUGUCUGAUCGGGGAGCUGAUGCCGCGGCUGCCGGCGGACGGGAUCUUCGCGGUCGACGCUCACCUGGACCGCCCGUGGUCCGCGCCCAACGACCGCGCCGCGCACUGGCAGUGGAGGGAUGAUAGAGGCACAUGGCGUUCGUAUUCGUGGGCCGAAAGCCGGGCCAUCGAGGCCGGGGCCGCGGCCGGGGAAGAGGAAGUGUGCCUCAGCACGUUGGGCCGCUCGUACACAGUGGACCUCACCGCCAUGCAGCAGCUCAACGACCACACCGGCACCGCGCGGCCUGUGCAGCGUGUGGCGCCGCAGGCCUCGCCCGCCGACGCACAGGGGGCACCCGCCCCCGCACACCCAGACCCGCGCAUCGCGAUGGUGCGCGGCAACCCAUCCCUGGUGCGGGCGCUGCUGGCGGUGCUGCACGAGGUGUACUGGAGCUCGGCGGGGCCGGCAGUGCGCUCGCAGGCGCUCAAGGCCAUCCUGCGCUGCGUCUACUACGCGGACGCGCAGCUGCUCAGGCUCGUGCUCAAGAUGCAGGUGAUAUCGUCCCACAUCGCGGGUAUGAUGGCGUCGAGCGACCUCCGCAUAGUGGUGGGGUCUCUCCAGCUGGCUGAGAUUCUCAUGCAGCGUCUGCCCGAAGACAUGAGCGUGCAGUUCCGGCGCGAGGGGGUGUUGCAUCAGGUGGCGCAGCUCUGUGAGCGCCCGCCCGCCGCUCAACAGACGCCGAGGCAGAACAAACUCAAGAGCCCCAGCGGCGGUAGCGUGCGCAGCGGCGGGUCUUCCCCACCGGCCUCCACUUCGGCCACUUCCAUCGAGCAACACAACUUGUCUCUGGCAUUCUCCGCCUCCGGGUCUUUCGUCACCGCGGCUUUGCCAACCACAACUAGCGACGGGAGUGAGGCGAGCCCGGCCUCAUCUUCUGCGCACGCUCAGUCUUCAGUACACAGAUCGGGCAGCCCGCUGCAACUAGCGGAGAUGUUGAAGCGCAAGCGCGCGGUGAAGCGCUCGGGCGGCGGCGCGCGGCACGGCCGUCGGCGCGACGAGCCGCCGCACGCGCACCACGCGCCGCCCACUGACGCGCCGCACGCGUCCGGAGUGCCGUCCGCAGCGCGGUCGACGAGUCGCGUGGGCGGCGCGUCCAAGACGUCGAUGUUCUUGUCGUCGCUCAACCCGUCGCGCUGGGGCCGCUCGCCGCACGCGCACAAAGACGUCGCCUCGCAUUCACACUGCCCCAACCUCACCGUGCAGAACAAGGAAAAAGUCCGCGAAUGGAUACAAUGGAGCGCGGCACGUCUCCAGCGCAAAUGGGGCGCUUUGGGCGGCGGCGCCGGCGCACUGGAACAGCUGGCGGCUCUAGCGGCCGCGCUGCCGCACCAGCCGCACCAGCGGCACGCGCUCGAGCAGCUGCGCGACACGCUGCUGCAGCACGACGUGUCGCCGUUCGAGGUGAACCACUCGGGCGUGCUGGGCGGGCUGCUGCAGUUCCUCACGGGGUCGGAGGGCGCGGAGGCGGAGCCGGAAGCGGAGGGCGAGCCGGACGCGGAGCUGGUGGCCGCCUGCGAGGACCGCCUGCGGCUCUUCCUUAACGUGUUCGCGGACAUGCCCACCGCUGCACACAGUAGCGAGUGGAGCGAGGACUUCGAGUUAGUUCCGAUCGGCAACAGCGCGGCGCUGGCGGCGCUGGUGGCGAAGGUGAACGCGUGCGUGUCGCACCUGGAGCAGUUCCCCGUGCGCGUGCACGACCUGCCCGCGCGCCCCGCCACCUCCGCACUCAAGUUCUUCAACACCCACCAGCUGAUGUGUGAUCUCAAACGUCAUCCGACGUGCACCAAUCUCAAGCAGUGGAAAGGCGGCGUAGUUCGGAUAGAUCCCCUAGCGUUAGUUCAAGCCAUUGAGAGGUACCUGGCUCAGCGCGGGUACGCAUGCGCGCGGUCGCGGUCUGCGGGCGCGGGCGCGGCGCACUCGGACGACGACGCCGCCUCCGACGACGACCUCGACGACGACGCCGCCACGCCCCCGCACCACCACCCCACUGAUUCGGAACACAAAUUGGAGUUUUUGAUCGGCGACACAGUGUUGCCGUACAACAUGACCGUCUACCAGGCGGUGCGGCAGUACGGAGAGCAGACUGACGCUGACACCGACACGGAAACACCACUCGCGAACGCGGGCAUCUGGGUGCAGACGCACACGAUCUACUACCGCGCGGUGGAGUCGGGCGAGACGCCGCGACCCGACGCCGCGCGCAAGGGCAAGGGCCAGCCCGCCAAGCUCUCCUCCCGUCGCAAGCCCGACCUGCUCUGGAACGAAGGCGUGGUUCCCCCGCAAUCGUCGCCGCUGUUCGUGAUCCUGCGUUCGCCGCUGCUGACGGGCACAGAAGUGAAGGACGCGUCCUUACCAGCGCUGGGCGUGCUGCGAGCGCUGCACGCGCUCAGCCGGCACUGGCACACGCUGUACCACUGCGCGUGUCUGCCCGACCAUCGCCCGCUCGUGCCCAACGCCGACUUCAUCAACGCCAAGCUCGCUGCCAAAGCAAAUAGACAACUACAAGAUCCACUCGUGAUAAUGACUGGUAAUCUACCUCCAUGGCUCAAGAAGAUAGCAUAUGCUUGCCCAUUCAUAUUCCCAUUCGAAUGCCGGCACCUGCUAUUCUACGUGGUGUCGUUCGACCGCGACCGCGCGUUACAGCGUUUAUUAGAAGCGGGCGGCGAACGCGGCGGUGCGGCCGCCGCCGCCGGCAACGACAGCGAGCGCGUCGCGCCGCGCCUCGACCGGCGCAAGCGCACCGUCCAGCGACACAACGUCCUCCGACAAGCCGAACACGUCAUGCACGAAUUCGCACACUCCAAAGCUUUACUAGAAAUACAAUACGAAAACGAAGUCGGCACAGGACUAGGCCCGACUUUGGAGUUCUACGCGCUAGUGUCGCAGGAGCUCCAGCGCGCCGACCUGGACCUCUGGCACGGCAGCGAGAACUUCAAGCAGAAGCCGACGUCGUUCGCGGGCGAGAUAGUGAAGAGCCAGCCGCCCGUGGUCACCGACCGCUCGGCCGACGCGGCCGCUAGGCUGGCCUCAUCUGUGCGCGACGCGCUUAGUCUCGACGAGGAGCGGUCUCCAGAGCCAUCGGAGUUGGAAAAGGAGACACUGAUUCCAUCGCCGGCGCCGGACGCGACAUACGUGUCGUGGGCGUGCGGGUUAUUCCCGCAGGCGGUGGGCCGCAACGCGCGGGCGUCCCACUUGUCGCGGGUCAAGGCCAAAUUCCGCUUCCUCGGCAAGUUCAUGGCUAAGGCUGUUAUGGACUCCAGGAUGGUGGACAUACCGCUGUCGGUGACGAUGUACCGGUGGGCGGUGAGUGAGCAGCGCUGGCUGUCGCUGAGCGACGUGCGGCACGUGUCGCCGGAGCUGUGGCGGUCGCUGUGUCGGCUGCGGCGUGUGGCCGCGCGCGCCACGCACAUCGCCGCCGACCCCCGCCACAGCGCCGACCAGCGGGAACACAUGAUAAAUGCCCUGGAGCUGGACGGAUGCCCGAUCGAGGAACUAGGGCUGGACUUCAUCCUGCCCGGGGACGGGUGCACGGAGCUGCGGCGCGGCGGACGCGACAUGCCCGUCACCGCGCACAACCUGCACGACUACAUCGGGCUCGUCACGCAUUGGCUGCUCUAUGAAGGUGUUGUGAAACAAAUGUCAGCAUUCAAAGAAGGAUUUGAAUCAGUAUUCCCAUUGGCCAACCUAAAGAUAUUCUACCCGGAGGAAUUGGAGCAAGUGUUCUGCGGAAGUCCCUCUGGCGGUCGCGAGUCCCGCUGGGAGCCGCGCAUGCUGGCGGAGUGCAUCCGGCCCGACCACGGCUACACGGCGGCCUCGCGCGCCAUCCGCAUGCUCAUCGACAUCCUCGCCUCCUACUCGCGCGACGAGCAACGGCUCUUCCUGCAGUUCGUCACCGGCAGCCCCCGACUGCCCACCGGAGGCUUCAAAGCGCUGAACCCGCCGCUUACGGUGGUGCGCAAGUCGCUGGAGUCGUCGCUGGACCCGGACGAGUACCUGCCAUCGGUGAUGACGUGCGUCAACUACCUGAAGCUGCCCGACUACAGCAGCGCCGAUGUCAUGCGCGCGAAGCUGCGACUGGCCGCCUCCGAGGGCCAGCACUCGUUCCACCUGUCGUGAAGCUGUGACAGUGUGUGUGCUGUAAUGUGUGUCCGGGGCGCCUGCUCCCCACUACCGUUUUGUGCAAUCAGACUUUUAUUUACUAUGUGACGGACGCUGUCGAGUGCUGUACGUUCUACAUUUUGUUUUCUUUGGAUUUGGAUUACAUAAAUAUGUUUAUAGCUAUAUUUUGUGUUAAUUUAAUGUGAUAGCUUUGUAUAUUUCUUUAUUAAUUUAGAGAGAUUCUCGACGGGAGGCUGUCGUAACUACCGUUUGACGAUCGCGAACUCGCCCGACGCCUGUAACCUUCGCACACUGACCACGCCACCUCUCUAUAUCGUCACCAUUAUAUAUAAUAAUAUACUACUAUAAUUAAUAUUAGUUUUCGGGAGACCACUACGAAUCUUCUCUGAGAGUCUUAUAAAUAUAAUAGCAUUUAUUACCAAACGGUGUAUGUUUUGAGUAACAUUUAAGUAUCAUUAAUGAGUAAAGAAAAAGUGCAAAAUUUAAUAUGUAACAAUUUCAAUAAAACCAUGUAAACAAUAUUGAUCAA